CGGACUACCGCUAUUUGUCUUUUUAGUUUGUGAAGUGCCCGGAUGUAGUUUGUUUGACGUCAAACGAGCGACGUGACGUAACAUCCGCAGCAACCGUUUGCAUUUCGCGCACGAACUGAAGUGUCUGCGAUCAUCUGUAACGCCAUCAGAUUCAGAGAGAGUUUCACACUGAGCAGGCAACCAUGGCCAACCAAUCAGUUGAUAUCAUAACAAAGGUUUUGGAGCAGUCAGCCAAGCUGGUGGAGGAGAAGGUGGAUGCACAGUUGAGCAAACUGAACGAAAUGGAUGAAGAUGAUUUGGAAAGACUGAAGGAGAGGCGAUUGGAGGCACUUAAAAAAGCCCAGAAACAGAAGCAGGAGUGGUUGUCUAAAGGCCAUGGAGAGUACAGAGAAGUCCCAAGUGAGAAAGACUUUUUUGGCGAGGUCAAGGAUAGCAAGAAUGUUGUCUGCCACUUCUACAAAAAUUCCACAUUCAGAUGUAAGAUCCUCGACAAACACUUGGCCAUCUUGGCAAAGAAGCAUGUUGAGACCAAAUUCAUCAAACUGAAUGUAGAAAAGGCCCCAUUUCUGACAGAGAGGCUGCGGAUCAAGGUUAUUCCUACGCUAGCCCUGCUAUUAGACGGAAAAACAAAGGACUAUGUGGUUGGAUUCACUGACCUUGGAAACACAGAUGAGUUUCCCACAGAGAUGCUUGAAUGGCGACUCGGCUGUGCAGCUGUUAUUAACUACAGUGGUAACCUGAUGGAGCCUCCUACAGUGACACAGAGGUCAGGCACAAAGUUCACAAAGGUGGAGAAGAAAACCAUCAGAGGGCGAGCUUACGACUCAGAUUCUGAUUCUGGAGAUGACUGAAAAGCACCGACAGUCGUCUGGUUUUCUCUCUCGGGGCAACCUCGUUUAAAAAGUCUUGCAGGCAGCCUGCUUUCAUUUCUCUUCUCCCCUUCUCUCAGUGACUUACUCAUUAAUUACAAUUUUGCAUAUUUUAAUUUACCAUAUUGUAAAUCAAAUUAUUUUAUAAAAGCAGUUAGCAUUUUAGCUUCAGCCUUAUUUAAUAAAUUGUCUACCAUGUUUUGUAUUUGAAUUUAAAAUACGUCCAAGAAACAUUACACAUCAAAUUGUAGAGGAUAUAGUAUGUCACUGAGCCACUGCACCAGUCAUGUAGCUUUUUACUGCAUUCUUGAAGAUUUACAGGCGUGCUCAUGUAGGUAGUUUUGUUUAGUUCAUGUUUCCUUGUAACCGUGUGAGUCUGAUGUUAGAACAGAAACCAUGAUGCAUGAAGGCCAAGAUCAUCUUUUAGCAUCAGAAUACAUUUUUACAUGACAUUUCCUUGUAGCAAGAGUUUGACUUAACUAAUGCAGACUUAAUAAAAAGUAUAACAGGACUUAAAAAA